UACCAUUGUGGCAGCCUGGCAGGUUGGUUAGCAUUUCCUCAGUUAAGACCCAAUAACCCUCCUGGGAUACCACUACGAUUUCAGUAAGGCCAUGGAUGAUUUAGGAAUUCAAAAGAUCCAAAUCUCCGGCCCAACCCUCGCCUCCCUCCUCCACCGCUUCUCCGCCGCUCCCGGCGAUCUCCACGGCCUUCUUUACGGUCACGUUUCCUUCUCCACCACCAACUCCCUCACCGAUGACACCUCCGCUUCCACCUCCUCCCUCGCCGCUGACGGCUCUAACGGCCCCAUCCUCACUGCAGUCGUCACAUCCUUCACAUCUCUACCUUCUCACCUUUCCCUCCCCUAUCAGGACCACAGUCAAGACUCAUCAUCAACCCUCAUCGGCUGGUUUUCCGGCCGCCGGAGGACCCCUCUCCGCCCCUCCCUUCGUGACUCCGCCACCACAUUUUCUCUCAAUUCGCUCACUUCUCUAUCAUUCAAUCCAGAAUAUUCCCCUCAUUCCGUCUCUCUUCCACCGUCUCUCUUCAUUCUCCUAACGACGCCUUUCCAGGACCAGAUCAUUCACACGCAUGAGUAUAAGGCUUUUCAGUACCGGAUUUCCACCACUUCUUUCGAGCCCAAAAGCCUCGAUAUCAUCAACAUUGGUCCAUUUUUUCGAUCCUAUUAUGAGUCUUUCUCCCCGAACUCUCAAUUCCCUUAUUUGACCUGUGACUUGAGGCGCUCGAAUGCCAUGGUCGAGGAUGAGAAUACGGAGAACCCGGCUGGGAUUCAACAGGGAGUUCAAGAUCAAAAGGAAUUGGAUAUGUGUGCUGCGGGGUUUGAAGCUGCCCGAUUCAGCAACCUAUUAGGUUCCAAUGCAGCCAACUACACUGCUGAAGUAGAAGAGUUGUAUGAGAAAAUGCUUGUGAAGCUUGAGAGCUUGGCCAGAUCGGUGGAAAAGAGCUCUGCCAUAGUUCUUGAGCAGGAACAGCAUAAUUUGAAACUAAGGUGCAAAGUUGCUGGCCUGGAAUGAAUUUAUGCUGUUACAUUGCUGUCCAAAUCUUGGACAUUUCAAGAUCGCUUGGAGAACGAAUUGGCACACGAAGCAUUUGGUUGCAGGGUGUUUUCGUUGCGCCAUGAAUGUACACACUUACCUGGCAUUGUUUCAUCAUAACGCUUUCUGCUGUAUGUAGAUUUUUCCGUUUUGUUCAUAUUUACUGGUGGGUGAAGCAGCAUAUGUAGUUUCUUCUCCAAACCCCAUUUUGAAGGUUUUGAUAAAUGAUAUAUAUCCUAUUGAUCCCAUUUUGUAAUCCCUUCACUCAGAGGAUACCUACUUGUUCCUUGUCUUUUUUUGCUUUUGGUUUUUACCUCUUACAUAACCGUGUGGCAGUAGCCACCUUACGGAAACAGAGGGGAGCAUGUUUUAUAAGGAUCCUCGAGACGGAAGAAGUUAUGAUUUAAGGAAAAUGAUGGCAUGUUUCAUGUAAUAUUCAUAUGAAUGAACAUGGGCAAAUGACAUUCUAUCGAGGAUUGGAAACACAUACCUUGAACAUUAAUCAAGGAUACUUAAUAUU